GGGAGUUGGCUCAUCCAAAGAGAGAAUAUAUCCAUCAGCACAUAAAUAAAGCAGCAGCGCGCGCGCGCGGACGACCUCUGGAUUAUAUUUCAUCAAACUGAAGACGACCGGCGCACGAGACACAGAUGAAAUUGCUUAGGACCGUUCACCAGAUGAAAGAGGAGUGACUCUUCAGACCUCCUCUCACGUGCACUCUUCGUGUUGGCCACUGAGGCCAAAGAGGCGUCCGGAGAGCUCGCCUCAUUUUUCACCAUUUCCUCUUUGUUGGUGCCCCACAAGUGUUUCAAAACUGUUUCUCCAACGCUUUUUCCAGAAACUCAGACUGUUUUCUAGGGCAGAAGCAGCGCAGCCCUUCCAGAAAGAGGUGAUGGGAAGCGUGCGAGCCAGCCGCUACAGCAUUGUAUCAUCAGAGGAGGACGGCAUGAAGCUUGCCACUAUGACGGUGCCCAACGGGUACGGAAACCCUAAAACUAAGGUGCACACCAAGCGCCUGCCUCAGAGCAGAUUUGUGAAGAAAGACGGUCACUGCAAUGUGCAGUUUGUCAAUGUGAGUGAAAAAAGCCAGCGAUACUUGGCUGACAUCUUCACCACGUGCGUGGACAUCCGUUGGAGAUGGAUGUUUGUCAUCUUCUGCCUCGCCUUUCUCCUCUCAUGGCUUUUCUUUGGGUGCGUCUUUUGGCUGGUGGCCAUCUUCCAUGGGGACUUCGAAAGUAACACGCAAAAGUGUGUCUCCAACGUCAGCAGCUUUACUGCUGCCUUCUUGUUUUCCAUUGAGACGCAAACAACUAUUGGCUACGGCUACAGAUACGUGACAGAUGAGUGCCCUGUUGCUGUCUUCAUGGUGGUCUUCCAAAGCAUCGUGGGCUGCAUCAUUGAUGCUUUCAUCAUAGGUGCCGUCAUGGCAAAGAUGGCAAAGCCCAAGAAACGGAAUGAAACUUUGGUCUUCAGCCAUAACGCUACAGUGGCCAUGAGAGACAAUAAGCUCUGCCUGAUGUGGCGUGUGGGCAACUUGCGGAAAAGCCACCUCGUUGAAGCACAUGUGCGGGCACAGCUCCUGAAAUCCCGGACAACAGCCGAGGGGGAGUACAUACCCCUCGAUCAGAUGGACAUCGACGUCGGUUUCGACAGCGGAGUCGAUCGCAUCUUCUUGGUCUCCCCCAUCACAAUUGUUCAUGAGAUUGAUGAAAACAGUCCCUUCUACAACAUGAGCAAACAUGACCUGGAGAACUUUGAGUUUGAAAUUGUGGUCAUUUUAGAAGGUAUGGUUGAGGCUACUGCCAUGACCACGCAGUGUCGCAGCUCCUAUGUAGCUAGUGAGAUCCUCUGGGGCCAUAGAUUCGAGCCCGUACUCUUUGAGGAGAAGAACUACUACAAGGUAGACUACUCACGUUUCCAUAAGACAUAUGAGGUGCCGAGCACCCCUCUGUGCAGCGCCAGAGAUCUUGCAGAGAAUAAAUACAUUAUUUCAAACUCAAAUUCCUUCUGCUAUGAAAAUGAAAUGAUGCUGGAGAACAAAGAGGACACUGAUGAAGGGAAUGGGGGCAGUGUUGGCCCUGACGGCACCCAGACAGACAACAUCUCAGAGAUGGAACAAAACCAUGCCCCAGUGCCAUUCGACCCGCGGCCUCUGAGACGAGAAUCAGAAAUAUGAUGCAUUAGGGGAGAGAGACACUCAUCUGAGAAAUUCUUUAAACUAGGCCUCUGUUCUUGAUGGCACAAGGACGCAAUCUGGGCCUUGGGUAGAGGACACGGUGAAGCCAACGGUACUGCUGUGGGAUGCAACAAUGUGGAAACUUGUAUGUAAAGAGUCUUUGGAACUUUAUUUACAUACAGUAUGGCAAAACAAAGCACUAUGAACUAUUUGUGUAUUGUCGGAGACGUUCUCCCUCAAUGUGUGCUUGAUGUCUGUCGACUGCAAGAUGACACAGAGAAAGGAGGCUUUAAAAGUGCAGGCAUGUCUCUGUUCGUCGGCCCAGUGAGUCAUUCAGAAUGGUGCGUCAGUGAAAGUUGCACAAAAGCAACUCAACGUCUUGUUUAGCCUUCAAGACGUUUGCCGGCCAUCCCAGAGACUCUCGACUGAAGCUUGGAUGAGCUAUCAAACGUCCAGUUGCUUUUUAGGAAAUGCUUAUUAAAGUUCUUAAAUGCUGCUAGAAAAUAAGUACAAUGAAAGGCAAUGGGAGGAGUCGUGCACACCCUCGGGAGUGCACAUAAUAAAUGUGUUUUUCAGUUUUUAAUGACGUCAUCAUGACGUGAAUUGCAUAACCCAGUUUCACUUUUUUUUCGUUCCCCGCCACGAAAAGUACCCGGUUUUCGUGAAACUUUUUAUUAUUUUGCUAUUAUAAUCUUCCCCUUCUCUUAACUCAAACCAUAACCCCCCCAAACUCCCCAUCACCCAACAUUUCAUGCCCCCAUCAUGAAAUAAAAUUGGCGUCCUGUCACGAAAAAUGCCCCUUUUUCGUGCCCUCGUCACAAACCCAUAGAUUAAUGUGCUUUUUGUUAUGCCGCCACAAAAUGCCAUGUAACCAGGUUGGAAUUGUACCGCGUUAUGACUAAUGAUUGAUGAUUGAGUAAAGAAUUCGAUCACCUUUUUUGCCCCAUUCUUUGUGAAGUUAUCCUGGAAAAUGUGUUGUUUAUUUGGUGAUUUUGUGAUGUCAUCAUAAUGCCACUCAACAAAUUGGUGACAAGUUUUACAUUGUCUCUCCUACAUAACCCUAUUGAUUACAGAGAUAUCCUAGAAAAUGUGUUUCAGGCCUAUAAUUUUGACAACCUUGCGCUUGACCAUUGGCCAAUCUUCUCCAAACGUUAAUCAUCUGGAGACCCAAGGUCACCCAAGGAAUAGUCCUACCAACUUUGGUGAAAAUCUGAUCAGUUAUUUCCAAGUUAUUUUGGACACAGACACACAGGAGUGAUUACA